AUGCCGUUAACCCUCCAUGUACAUCUACAGCAUGAGAAGCCGGGGUUCCAACUGAUAACAAUCGUACUUUCUCUGAAGUCCAUUCCAGAUGACAGGCCCGUGUUCUUCAAGGUGGACAGAACGAGAUUUGUUUUUGGACUUUUUUAGACUAUGCGGCAGAUAAAAUUCUACAAUGACAACAAGAGAAACCACUGCCACUGGGGCAACAGCUUCCGCAGCAUUGAGUAUGAAUGUAAGCCUAAUGAGUCCCACAGCUUGUUAUGCAUCAGUAAGGAAAAAUUUUUGUGAGAUGAUGUUUUUGUAAUGCAAAUUAAACUAUGAGUACCAAGAAAAUUUCUACAUGGAAAUCAAAUCACCAGCACGUGUACAUGCACAUAUCUGUUAUAAUCUGCAUCCAUACAUCAUCCCUAAUAGUAUAUACAGAUUUUCAUUGUAAGUAGGUCUCUGUGCAUACAGUGUCAUAUGCACAAUUCAUAUCCUCCAGAAUCCGGCAUAACAUGAAGGAUCUGGAGGAUAUGAAUUGCAGCAUUGAGAAAAGAGCGAUACAGACGCUCUUUUCUCAAUGCUGCUAUUAGACUUUACAAUCAAAACUGCUCCCAGUGAACCAGUCACCAUA